AAUGUUUCUUCAGAGUUAAUAAAAAAUUCACAACAAAAUUAAUAAUAUUAAGUAAUUAACAAAUCAUGAAAAUACAAACAAUCAAAAUAGAUUUUACUGCCAUGCUAUACGCUGGGAUUUUAUACACGGGUCUGGUUAUUUCUGGAUGGUUACUUAUUCGUCUGACGAUCGCUUGUUUCAAAUUACCAUCCAUAUUGAACGCUGCUGAUGAAUCCAAAAACAAGACGAAACGGACGUCGACUAUAGCAGUGAACGAAGACUUGAGUUCUGUUCAGUAUUUCGAUACUUUGACGCAACAUACCUGCAAUGACUUAAACAUACUCAAACAUUCGGUAGUAUAUGCAGAGCCAUUUUUAUUUUGGAGUUGACUGAGUUAAGGUGGUGGAUGUACCCUUUCAUAUAGAAGCG